GGUUUUUAUUGAACACUGAUUCCUACUACUAAUACAGUGCCUUCGACUUCCACUGCCACCGAAGCAGACCAAUUCUUGUUUUCUUUUUCUCUCGUUGCCGUUGGUGGUAGGCAUUGCGCCUCCACGACUCACUCACUCUGGGAAUGAAAUGAAAACCUGCGACAAUACGUACAUGCUGUACGGAUAUUACGAGCAGAAAUCCUAUGGCUAGGACUGACUACCAGUACGAGUACUCGUACAACACGUACUCGUAGGAGGACGACCUCGUAAGGAUACAAACCGUUGCGUACAAAGCAAGUUUUGAUUCUCUUUUCCACACAAAAAUGAAGAACACACGAAACGAAAAACAAUGACAACUUCUCUGGCGCCCCAAUUUUUGGACCUCCAAUAGCGCUGUUGCCACUAGCGCCUGGAUGCGACCGAACAUGAGCAGUACCGCUACUACUACCACUAAGCAACAAAUAGGAAGAGGGGAUGGCGAGACCCCCUCGUUCCUUCCAUCGGCCGCUUCGGCAUCCACUCUCCGCCGUCGGCGGAGAAACAGUUCCCUGGCUUUGACACCACUGCUUUUGUGCCUUUGUUGGUGCUUGUGUUCUCCCAUCGGGAAGCUGGACUCGCCAUCGCGGCUGCUGUUGGUGGUGGGAGCGGAGGGAGGAUCACCGCCCCCGCCGAGGAGGAGAACCAAGGUUCCGCGUCCGGGAAGGGAGCUCCACGGGAGCAAAAGGACCGCCGCUGUGGCGAGCAAACCCAAAACCAAGCCGAGCCUCGCGAAACGGAUGCUCGACGACCUCUUCGGGAAUGCUUCCUGCGAUCGAAGAGAAGGCCUUCUCGUCGUGGCCGCCGCGGCACUCUUUAGCCUCAACGCCGGAUUCCUCAACGGGAUCACCGUGUCCUCCGCCUUUCUGGCCGGGAAGGAGGCGGUCCGGGACAAGAAUUCCGGCUGGAUCCUCAACCCGGGGACGGAAAUGGUGGCCGGCUGUGCGGGCUCCGUCACCCGGAACGCCCGCGCGUUUGCGGACUUUUCGACCAUGUCCCCCGUCUUCUGGUACACCCUCGGGCUCCUCGGUGCGUACGGGGGGGGUGCCGCCCUCGCCGGCUUUCUCAACAAGGAAACCAACACGGCCUACGCGCUCGAGCCACGCUACGGGACGUCCUUUCUGCUGGCGGGCGUCCUGCUCACGGCGGCGCAGGCGGUGGUGGCCACCGGCGGGCCGUCGGCCCUCGUCUUUUUCGCCGCCACGGCGUCCCUCGGGAUCCAGAACGGGGUUGUCUCGCUCUACAGCGCCAACCUCAUCCGUUGCACCAUGACCGGGGUGGCCACCGACGCGGGCCUGGCGCUGGGUCGGUGCCUCCACGGAGAUUACCGCACCGCCUCGGCGGGGGCGGUCCGGUGCGGGAUCAUCGCCUUCUUCUGGGCCGGUGGGAUGCUGGCGUCCCCCUCCGUGGCAUCGCUCGGCCACAGAGCGCUCUGGAUCAACGCCGGGGUCUUUUACGGCCUGGGCCUCGGCUGCGCGGUGCGCUGGAGGCACGGGCUGGGCGGGGCCGCCACGCUCUGGCAGGCAAUGCUGGGCAGCUGGAACCCCAGGGAAGCGGCGGCGGUGGUCCUCGGCUCGAGCCCCCCGGCCCUUGCCGCCCGGGAGGGGUGGAGGGCGCUGUUUUCCGGGGACGAUCGUUUCGCCGCGAACCGGGGUGCGAGAGCAGCCGGAAGGGAGCAGGCAAGGCUCACGGAGGCCGAGUUCCUCGCGCGGCUGCGGCGGCACGAAGGCCUCGGCCAGGGGAUCUCUGCGUUUCGGGCGAGGUUGCUCUUCCGGGCCGCCGAUGUGGACCAAGACGGGACCGUGGGCCUCGGGGAAUGGGAAGCGGUCCUCACCACCGGUGAAUCGGGUGGGACAAGCAGCAGCACCGAGUGAUACGCCAUUCCACUUUUAUCUACGUUGCGAUCGGUCGGUACCGUGCUAUUCGGAGCACCAGACAAGUACGAAUCACACUGCCGCUACCAAGAUUUUGGUUUAUGGCUGGGGCAAGAACCACAAGGAACCCCAUCAUGAUUGCAAGGACUUCUACUUCCAUUAAAAAAAAUCGGUGGAAGAAAAAGGAGGUUCUCAUAGAUGAUUCAUUAUCCUUGGACCUGUUCCUGAAUAACAUUCAGGAAAGAAG